AUGGGCUUCAAGGAUCCCCGAGAUCCUCGCGAUCCCUGGGCUUGGCGGAAUACCUGGACCGGGGAAGCACGGACGAGUUACGACGAGUUGUGGGUUGUAAUCCCCUUGGUGGCAUUGGUUUCUGUUAUCUGCUUUCUGCUUUUAUUGCCAUUGAUGGUCUAUAAAUUCUGCCCUUUUAUGAUGAAUAAAGUGAGUUUUGAGGGCUUCUAGGGCCCGGGGUAUGAAAUAAGAUGACUAAAUUGAUUUUCAGAAGUUUAAAGAUUGCUUCGAAAAAUUCCUCCAAGUUUUGCACGACGUUGGGAAAGAAAAGACGCUAAAAAAUACAAACGAGGUAUCCUUUGACAACCCGAGCUUUGUCCGCCCUUCAUAUCAUCAUGUGGAACAAGGCCAAGGCGGACAAAAGUUGCCAAUUCAUCUAAGAUCAUCAACCAGAAGCCUAAGGAAAAAGGAGUAUGAAAGAAAAAGGAGAACAAGAUCAUGCCCUCAGCGAAGAGAACACGCUAUCUAA